AUGAAUCCGCGUCAGAUCAAUUCCAGCAAAGCAGUUCGAAAAGAAAUGGCGAAAAAGCCUGUUGAGGAGGAUCGGUCGCCAGCACCAUUGCCUUUGGUGUUGCGAUUCUUUGGGCUUGAAAUCCCUUGGCUUUCACUGUCAAAUUUAAAAAACUAUUCGUACAAGUCGAAGGAUUAUUCCUUUAUCGCCAAUUAUGUUUUGAAGCAUUAUUGGAACUGGGCUGCAGAGUUUUUCCCCAUGUGGAUGGCGUAA